GCCUGUGAUGCUGGAACAAACAUGGCUGCCUCAGUAUACCUGUGCCGCUUGGGCUCUGGCCCGGGUCGCCGGCUGCUCCUGCUGCUAGGACUCCUGCAGCUCUUGAGUCACCUCGGCCAGGGCCGCGUCCACCACCUAGCGCUCAAGGAUGACGUGAGACAUAAGGUUCAUCUCAAUACCUUUGGAUUCUUCAAAGAUGGGUCCAUGGUGGUCAAUGUCAGUAGCCUCUCAGUUAAGGGAAAUGAAGAUGCCACUGCAACGAUUGGUUUUAGCUUGGACCGAACAAAGAAUGAUGGAUUCUCCUCUUACUUGGAUGAAGAUAUGGAUUACUGUAUCUUUAAGAAAAUGCAGUCUGUUUCUGUUACACUCCUGAUUCUAGACUUCCCAAGUCAUCUUGUCACAAUAAAGUCUCCACCAGAAGCUGGCAGCAACUUACCAAAAAUCGUCUUCAGCAAGAAUGAGAAAAUCCUUGGUGAAAAUCUGGAACCAAGCCUUAAAAGUCCCUCAGUAAAUAAUCAGACUCUUGAAAAGCAAGGUGAAAAGUCUGCACAAAGUACAGAGGAUUCAAAGAUAUCAGGAGAGAACUCUUAUCCUGUUCAUAUUAAAGAAGGGGCCGUUUCGUUUCAGUUUUUCUUCAAUAUCAGUACCAGUGACCAGGAAGGUCUCUACAGCCUUUAUUUCCACAAAUGUUUUAUUAGUGACAUUCGGACCAGUGAUGAGUUGUCUUUCAGCCUUGACAUUGAGAUCACAGAGAAGAAUCCUGACAGUUACCUCUCUGCUGGGGAAAUUCCUCUCCCAAAGCUCUAUGUUUCCAUGGCAUUUUUCUUCUUCCUUUCUGGGACCAUCUGGAUUCAUAUCCUGCGAAAACGGAGGAAUGAUGUUUUUAAGAUUCACUGGUUGAUGGCAGCCCUCCCCUUCACAAAAUCUUUGUCCUUGGUGUUCCACGCAAUUGAUUACCACUACAUCUCCUCUCAGGGAUUUCCAAUAGAAGGUUGGGCUGUUGUUUACUACAUCACACAUCUAUUGAAAGGUGCACUGUUGUUCAUCACUAUUGCACUCAUUGGUACUGGCUGGGCUUUCAUCAAACACAUCCUUUCUGAUAAAGACAAAAAGAUCUUUAUGAUUGUCAUCCCACUGCAGGUCCUGGCAAAUGUGGCUUACAUCAUUAUAGAAUCAACUGAGGAGGGUACAACCGAGUAUGGCUUGUGGAAAGAUGCUUUGUUCUUGGUGGACCUGCUGUGCUGUGGAGCCAUACUCUUCCCAGUGGUGUGGUCAAUAAGACAUUUACAAGAAGCCUCAGCAACAGAUGGAAAAGCUGCUAUUAACUUAGCAAAGCUGAAACUAUUCAGACAUUACUACGUAUUGAUUGUCUGUUACAUUUAUUUCACAAGAAUCAUUGCAAUUCUUCUUAAGCUUGCUGUUCCAUUCCAGUGGAAAUGGCUUUACCAGCUACUGGAUGAAAUGGCAACUCUGGUGUUCUUUGUUCUGACUGGCUAUAAAUUCCGCCCAGCAUCUGAUAAUCCCUACCUGCAGUUGUCUCAGGAAGAUGAUGAUUUGGAAAUGGAGUCUGUGGUGACAACUUCAGGAGUGAUGGAGAAUAUGAAGAAAGUCAAGAAGGUGACAAAUGGAUCUGUGGAUCCCCAGAGUGAAUGGGAGAGCACAGCAUGAUGGAGCAAACUUUGAGAAGAGCACUUUGAAAAAAACUUUUAAUUUAUUAAUGGUACUGUCAGUGAACAGGAGCGGCCUACACCUCCCAACAUUGAUCCAACAAAAGAGUGUGACUGGGAGCAAAAUGUCACAGAAACCUAAUUUCUUCCUCUGUACUUUAAGGAAACUGGAUCUUUUGCUGCCCACAAGAAAGUUUGAACUUUCCUCAAGGUGGGAAUGAUGUGUGGGGAACACAAAGGAGGAGAAAAUGAGGAUUUCAUUUGUUUUAAAUUUUUAUAUGCACAUACCUUCCCCCCCCUUUUUUGUUAAUGACUGGGUAUUUGGAAAUGUAUUUGAUUCUGUUCUAGAGUGUAUUAUACCAGUGGAAAGAGUGUGUGUGUGUGUGUGUGUGUGUGUGAGAGAGAGAGAGACAGAGAUGUUUGUGAUACAAAUCAUUGAACAUGAAAGCUAUAUUGGACAAGGGAAACAAAAGUUAAAUGAAAAGACUCAAUUACUCUGGUGUUCUGGCAAGAACUUAUAAAGGAUAAAAGUUAAAUGGUGUGGGAAUGGUAUAAGGAAGAUAAUAAAAUUGUUAUUUUAUAGAGCAAAAUAGGCAUCACUUGGGUAGGAACACAAUUGCAUCUUUAAAGCAUGUAUCACAGACCCAGGAGUCCUGGGCAUGGUCCUGAGGGCUGCCAUUGAUUCCAAAUAUGGCUGUGGACAGGUCCUCUAAGUCACCUCAUUUGCAAAACAGGAUAAUGCAUUAGUAAAGUGCUUUACCAUCCUAGGACUGUGAUGCCAUGCUCAAGAUGAAGGAUUACCCUCUUCCUCUGUGAUGCAGUCCAAGGAGGAGAAUGUGAUUUUCCUUAUUAAGAGGGGAUCUGCUUGGAACUUGCCACACUGUAGCUGUCUGUUUUACCUCAGGAAUGAGAGAGAAAGUCAUAGGCCUAAAAUUUUUUGAAUCAAUUUUUCUACAGUUUCCCCUAGACAGUUCUCUGUGCCCCAUAAAGCACUAAUUCCUUUCUCUCUUCUCUCGGGAGCAAUAUUUCUUUUUCUUUGUGGCACAAAAAUUCGAAAGGUGUGGCUCAUCAGGUCAUGAGCCAUGUGGUUAAACUGUGGAAAUAUCAGUGGGAAGGGGUAUGAGGAAGAAUCAUACACAUAUAAGUAACUGUAAGUGAGUGAAAAUUUAUUCUUGAACACUAUUGAAGAGAAAGGGAAAUUUGGUGGUGGUGUGGAUUGUAUGGGUAAGAAGACUAUUAAGAGGGAUGUGUCUGUGUAAACCUAAAGCUCUUCCUGAGUGCUAGGUAUUAAACAGAGACCCUCUGGUCCCUAACCUGGAGGAGGUUAUCUUUCAGUGAAGAAAUGUGGUGCCAUUAAAUGGAGCUAUCAGUGGAAUCUUUCUCUUAGGGGCUCUCUGAUAGUGGAUUUUUUUUUUUUAAUUGAGACUAGAGGAAAUCACCUUCCAAGAAUGCUCUUGAUGAUAAGUAAGUGAGUAGCCACCUAAAAAUAAAAGUAUUUUAACUCAUGGCAGUUUUUUGGAAAAUGUGAUGUAGGGAAUAGUUUCUGCAUUUUAACCAGAUGCUUAGGAACUCCUGGUGGCAACUUACAGGUUUCAAAGGAGGCUGCAUUCAUAAAUGGUUCUUAAUUUGAGUAAUGUUGCUAUGAAGGAGUCCAUUAAUGAACCCAUGAAAGAGUAUUUGCUUGUCUCUAGCUGCUCUGGCACACCUGUGGAUUAGAAUCUUGAAUCUUCUUAUAUUUGCCAUUCGCUGCUAUUACCUUCAUGGAGCAGGCUGCCUCGUCCUGAACAAUGGAGAUGAGAGCUUUGGAAAGUUAAUCAUUGAAUUUGGAAGAACACUGAGAAUUGUGUUUGCAAAGUAUAAACAGCUUGUCUAGGCAUAGGAAAUGAAAAGAUUUCUGAUCUGGGCAAGCAUGUUUUCUCAAAUCUUUUUCUUCCCCUAACUACUUUUCUCUACAGAGGUGGUAAUGGAGGAGCAUAUAUAUUAAUGCCUGAGAAAGGUAGAUGAAAGAACAUGUUAAAAUGAGCAUCUAUCAACCAGUUGAUGAAAUGUAAUAUAUUUCCACUCGUUCAUUCUUCUCUGCAUGAUACUCCCUGAAUAAAGAAUCAUCUCUUUGAUCUUUGAAACAUCUGAGUAUAGAGCAAGAAUCAUCUGGAGUGCUGAUUGCUAGCCAUGUGUCCGCCAGGUCCUUUAUGAAAGGGUUUUCCAUAAGGAAGAGGUAGAAAAGAUGUCUUGAAUAUUUAGAUGUAUGCCUUCUCAUUCAGUCAGUUCUUGAAAGAUCACUUUAGAUUGAGUGGCAGAGAGAAAGAAUGGAAAUGACUAUUUAGUCUUUUUGUUCUCUUCCUUUCCCUGCCCCCCCCCUUUUUCUGUACCAAAAUAGCAUAGAUGGUUGACUCCAAGACUUCUAAAGCUCUCCUUUCACAUCUUACUUCAUGGGGUAGGUCACCUGAAACAUAAUUGGGUACUUCAUCCAGAGUGACUCAUGUGCUAUUUCUUCUACAAGCAGUUACGUAACUGAAGGUGCGAUAAUAGUCCCUACUAUAAAGGGCUUGGGGGAGGGGGUGUCCUUAAUAUUUAUAUACAUGAUUUUAAAAAUUAAAAUAUGAGUGAGAGACUGUGUGUGUGAGUACAUGGGUAUAUAUACUCUGUCAAUGCAGCAUUAAUACUUUAUGUUGUACUGUACCAGUAACACUAUUGCUACUACUGUUGCUAGCAGUAGCAGGGCCUUUUGGGUAUAAUUAGCAUGUGGACAUUGGUCUCAGGUUUCUCUUUGGUAAAAACCAUUUAUUGCCACUCCGUAUAUACUUCCAGGCUUACUCACAGAUCUGACUUUCUGUGAUUUUGUAGCUGAGCAAUGACCCCUCUGGAACAUGAAAUGGACAAAUAAAAUGUGUUAGCUUUAAAAAAAAAAAUAAAAGCCGGACUGAUCCACAA